AUGGGUGCUCACAAAAACAGCUCAAAGGUCUCCCCAAAGCCAAAAUCAACCACACUCAAAUUCCUCCUCGACCUCGAUUCCAAACACAACUGCAAUGGCAAUCCCGAACGUCAAGAAAUCCUCUCUGUAAUCUCAUACUGCACUUAUUACAUCUUCACGUUCACCGACCCUUUGGAAUCUCCUUUCCACCAAAACCAAAAGCGUGACAAGCUCACGAAGCUUCUUUACAUCAUAAAAUCUCUCAAAAAGCCACUUCCCGACCAAAUCCUCUCACCCCUUUUCUGCAUGAUAUGGAAAAAUCUCUUCCGAACCCUCCCCCCACCAAACUCCCCGGCUGCCGCCUGCUUCUUCCCCGAAGAUGACGACCUCACGUACAGCCCGACCCCAGCCUGGCCCCAUCUCUACCUAGUUUAUGACAUUCUUCUUGUACUAUUAACCGAACUAGAAGAAAAGACUUUGUCCAAGUACAUCAAUGGAUCCUUCAUUCACAACAUGCUUGCCCUGUUUGAGUCUGAGGAUCCAAGGGUGCGACAAGUCUUGAAAACCGCGUACCACAAAAUGUACUCGAGGCUCCACGUUUCGAGACCGUGCAUGAGAAAUGCAAUGGGAGAAAUUUUCUUGGAUUACAUUUAUGAGGCCGAGCGGAAGCACUAUGGGAUUGGGGACUUGCUCGAGAUUCUUGGGACGAUAAUCAAUGGGUUUAGUGUGCCGUUGAAGGAGGAGCACCGGGUUUUCUUGAUGAGAGUUUUGGUUCCACUGCACAGGCCAAAAGAGAUGCACGCUUAUCACAAGCAGUUGGCUUACUGUAUAACCAAGUGUUCCAACAGUUGGAACUCGCAGGUUGCUGAGAGGGCUCUCUAUGUGUGGAACAACGAGCGAUUUGUGAAAAUGGUGUCUGAGGCUAUAGACGAUGUUUUCCCUCUCAUAGUUGAGGGAAUUGAGAGAAAUCUGAAGGGGCACUGGAGCAGAAGUGUUGGAUAUUUCUCUACUUUUAUGAGGCUUCAAUUCAUAUUGGCAGGGGCAUGUACAUGUAAAGAUGAUCAUUUAUUCCAAAUGGGGUGUUUUUAA